AUGGAGGUGACGGUGGCGAUGGCGGUGGGUGUGUUGGUCGGAGCACUGCCGGUGGUGGGGCUGGUAGCGUGGUGGUGGAACGAGGUGUGGUAUGCGUUGCCGGUGAAGUUCAAGCUGUCCGGCACCGGAAUCAGGCUUCCCGCCGGCCACAUGGGUUUCCCUUUCUUGGGGGAGAUGCUUACUUUCCUCUGGUACUUCAAAGUCGUCAAACGUCCCGACGACUUCAUCAACUCCAAAAGACGCAAGUAUGGCGAUGGAGCAGGUUUAUUCAGAAGCCACUUGUUCGGCCGACCGACGAUCAUAGCAUUUGCGCCGGCGGUGAGCAAGUACGUGUACCAGCAAGACGACGAAUUUAUCGUCGGGUGGCCCAGCGUGGAACUUCUUGGCCCAACUUCCCUCGUGGCAGUACAUGGGCCAAGCCACACCAGGCUCCGAAGCUUCCUCACCAAUGCUAUCAACCGGCCCGAUGCUCUUCGACGAAUCGCAUCCCUCGUCCAGCCGAACAUAGUUGCUGAAUUGCAAUCCUGGGCCCAAACUGGCAGAGUCAACGUUUACAAACAAGUCAAGAAGGUGACAUUUGAAAACAUUGGAAGAUUGUUUGCAAGUUUGGAGCCAGGGCCAGAGGUAGACGCCAUCGAGAUACUAUUCAAGGGUAUAGUGAAAGGGGUUAGAGCUCAACCUCUCAAGAUUCCCGGAACUGCAUAUCACCACGCGCUUCAGUGCAGGAAGAAAGCGAUGGACGUAUUCAGGAAAGAGCUAGAGAAAAGGAAGAAGAUGGAGCUAGAUGGGUUGGAGUCCAAGACAGAUGACUUAAUGGACGGGUUGAUGAGAAGCCAGGAUGAGCAAGGGAAUCGAUUGAGUGAGCAGGAAGUGCUGGACAAUAUCGUGAACCAUGUGAUUGGGGGUUACGAGUCCACUUCCCUUUCUAUCAUGUGGUCUAUUUAUUACCUUGCCUUGUACCCUGACGUUCUCAAGAAACUAAGGGAGGAGAACGCGACCUUACGCAAGAACAAGGCUGCUGGAGAGUUCAUCACAAGUGACGAUAUCUCUCACCUCAAGUACACAAAAAAGGUGGUGGAAGAAACAAUGAGGAUGGCCAACAUUGCAGCUUUUAUUUUCAGAUUGGUCACGAAAGAUGUGGAGUACAAAGGCUACAGAAUCCCAAAAAACUGGAACGUCGCGCUUUGGCUCCGAUAUUCGCAUACAAAUCCCGAAAAUUUCCAGGAUCCCAUGUGCUUCAACCCAGACCGAUGGAAUGUACCAAUAACCCCAGGAGCGUACCAAGUGUUUGGCGGAGGGUCGAGAAUCUGCGCCGGAAAUAUGCUGGCCAGGAUACAAAUUGCAAUCUUUCUCCAUCACUUGUCCACGGGAUACAAGUGGGAAUUGCUGAAUCCUAAUGCUCCAAUGAUUUACCUAUCACAUCAGAUUCCGACCGACGGCGUGGAGAUUUCGAUCGCCGCACUUUGA